CAGUGUGGAGAAACAGGAAGAGACUUUCUGUCACGUUUGUUUUGCAUGGAGAGGAGAAGGGGACAUCGUUCAGACACCGGGCGGAUACAAACGCUUUAUUCAGGGCAGCGAGAUGAAGAAGCAGAAGGAGAGCCAGUGCACUCAGAAGACCAUCUCAUUGCUGAGCCCCCUGGGGACGAUCCAAGUCAGUGGAUGUGAGAAUGGUGUGCACACCAUCCAGAUCCUAAUGGAUGUCGCACCUGCUGAAAGGAGCAGCGAGGCCCCCCUGAGCUGUGUGGUCAACGAUAGCCCGGCAGAAACGAGCCCCGAGUUGCAGCGCUGCGUUGAAUGGCUCCAGGCGUACUUCAGUGAGCCGCAGACCACUGGGAGUCUCCCGCUCCCUGCCUUUCACCACCCCGCCCUGCAAGGAGACGCGUUCACCAGCCGCGUGCUGCAGGUACUUCUGACGGAUGUGAAGUUUGGAGAGACGGUCUCGUACAAACGCCUCGCUGAGAUGGUGGGAAACCCCAGAGCGGUGCGGGCAGUGGGAGGGGCCAUGAGGAGGAACCCGGUUCCUCUCCUCAUCCCCUGCCACCGAGUCAUUUCGAGCAGUGGACAGAGUGGGCCGUACAUGAGCGGCAAGGGCGACCAUCUCAAACAAUGGCUGCUCACCCAUGAGAGGCAGGGAAGGGAAGGCUAAAGCAUGACAGAGGCCAACUGUCCUUCAUUCAGUACACACACACACACACACACACACACACACACACACACA